AUGGUGGAUGCACCUCUGUACAAGCAGCGCCGCAGAUACACCAUGGAGCUCCACGACGUCGACCUCCACGACAACCACAAGCUCCACGUCGUUUGCACAAGCAAGGGUCAAGACGUGGACAAGAUGUUGUCCACGCUCAGGAGGAAGCUCGGCGGAAUGCCCGUCAAACUAGUCGGCGUUGAUGUCGAGUACACGCACUACGUGAAGCCACAACGGGCAGCAGUGCUCCAGCUAUGCGUAGAAAAAGAAUGCCUUGUCUACCAUAUCUCUGCAGCUAAAGACAGGCCAAUGGAACUAGACAAAUUCGUCAUGAAUGCUGAGUACACCUUCGUCAGAUUCACCAUUGAAGGAGACAAAAGCAAGAUGAAUCUAUCUGGCUUGGAGAUCAACUCCGACAACUACAUUGAUAUUCAGGAGGACCAUACUCUGUGGGGAUUUUGCCCGCUGCCAGACAAGCUUAUCAAGUAUGCAGCAAUAGAUGCAUUCGCAACAUAUGAGUCAUGGAGAAUCAUCUACGAUGUCAUAAUGGGUCUGGACAGGGCGAAAAGAGAAAAAGAAGCAAAGAAGAAGAAGAACAAGGCUGUAAUCCAAUACAGCAACUAG